AUGACCGUCACGCCGCACCGCCGUCGCGCUCACAAUGCGCCGUCUAACGCUGUCGCCGCCCAAGAGCUGGCCUCGUCCAACUCGACCCUCAACAUGUUCUUUGGCGGUAGGCCCAGAGCCUGGAUGACUUCUGCAUUCGAGGGGCGGAUCGCUCUAGCAGCUCCGCCAUCUCAGCCGCAGAGCCGUCGUCCACUUCGUGCGGAUAAGUCUCGCUUAGCCUCCACGCAUCUCUCGCACGAAUCUGUUGCCCCACCGUCACAACCCAUCUCAGAUGAGUGCCAUGUCUCGUCCGCCUCGACGUCGCCUCAGUUAGCGAACAGCGUCGUCCAACCCAAAGCGCCUUCCGACAGCGAGCCCGUCUGCAUACUUCCAUCGCCCACUCCCAGCGAGGAUCCGAGCAGCGGGCCGGGAUACGAACCAAUGUUUUUGGCGGACCUCAGGGCAAUUCAACGCUGGUCUGGCCAGUCUCCGCAGGCGUCAGAGGGAGUGACCGAACAGGCUGACAUUACUGCUCCGGGUGGUACUGUGGGUGAUGCCGUAAAUCCGGAUGAAUCUGUAGAAGAAGCAAGUGUGGAACCGGCGACCACAUUGCCGGCGCAGGGUUGCAAGAGACCCGCUGACCUCUCGCCAUCGUUGAGCGACAAGCGGCCUCGAAUACAGCCUCGAGAGAGUGGUCAAGACAUUGAUGCGCCCAGAAACGGGCCUCAGUCGCAUCUGGAGCAUCCCUUCGGAAUGUUACAUCCGCAGGUGCGCCAGCAUCUGGAGAACCAAGUCGAGCCGGGGCUUGAUCCGACGCCCUCGGGUCCAUCUUCACCUGACUUUAUGGAUCUUGAGCCAGCUAUGAGCGCAGCAUGUCGCACUGGAACUAGAGUGGCUCAUCAUGAACAAGCAAACCCUGGACAACGCGCACCACAAGCCGGAGGGUCGGCGCAGCAGCGGCGUCUUCCUCACUUAUCACAGUCCGCUACUCCUUCGUCAUCGAGUGCUGCAAGCUCUUUUUCUACCUCCUAUCUUCGGUCAAUCCAGGCUUAUCUUACGAGUGUUGGUGGCCUUCAGGCGCUGAAUCCAAUCGAGCAAUCGAGGAUACAACUCUUAGAGGAUGCGGCAAACAUCGAGGAUAGAUUCUACCUCACGUUGCAUCAGUUGAUGUGCGUAAGCUCAGUCAAUGCGAUGCUUCUACCCCGCGAGCUCUUAGCUAUGCCUAGGCAACACUUGACGACAGCCAUACAGCUCAUGGAUCACGUCCUGUGUCCGAACCAUAAUUUAAGUCGAAAAACCCUGCUUUGGUUUGCCAACUUUCCAGUUUCGGUCUGGUAUGGUGUGCCGGAGAUCCAAAAAUUUAUGACUUUUGUCAUCUGUGCUGGCCAGCGCUGGCAAAGCUUUCAAGAUUACUACGCGCGAAGCCGUUAUCCGCCGCUGGCACACGAGAUUGCCGAGCAGCUUGCGAUAGACUCGCCCAUCUUCCAGAAGGUUGUUUUUCUCUCGAUUUUGCGACAAAUCUGGGGCAACGGGAACUCGUCCUGGAUUAGGCUCGCAGAGGAUACAUUUCGGGAGGAUCAGCAACGGUACCAGCUUCGGAAAAGCCAGGGAAACGCCGCGACAAAUCCGGCUAGCUGUGCUGAGUACAGUCAUGUCAGACAACGUUACCUCGAGUUGCUCGUACGUCAUAAGGAAGCUGUCCGUCCAGCAUAUGCUGUGUCCCCUAUAGGCACCCCCAACAACCUACAAGGAGCUAUGCAACCGCCUGCGGCCCGCAUUCAAAUUAACACAAACGUGCCUCAUGUCCGCUCUCAAAGUAUGGAGAGCCCGACCUCAACGCACAUUCGAUCUCAGACGGGUUAUGUGCAGAGAACCCAUCAAACUCCACAAAACAUGCGCACGGUCUCAGUAGCAGCGCCCAUGCUGCCGUCGCAACAACUCACAAACCAAGUUCGACCAAGCAUUCAGCAGUACCAGCAAGGCCCCAUCCAACAAAACGUCCAACAAGCUCGCUUGAUUCAGCCCAUCCCGUCGGGCGCCCAGAUGAGACAGUCUAUCCCGUCAAGCGCUCAUCCGAGACAGCCCGUUCCGAGCCGUCAGCAUGCCGCUCAGGCACCGGUUGUCGGGCAACCUUCUGUGAGCCGGCCUCUCUUCCCUGCGACAGGGGAAUUUGUGUCCCAGCCGUCACAUCCCAAUCCCGCAGUUUCAGCUCUCCACCAGGCACAUCUUCGAAGUCCGAUUCUAAGGCCGAAGCAAGGUGGCGACUGGGUAGCUGAUGGCCCGACAGCACUGUACCAGUACGUCAUGGGUUUCGCGAUGUUGCCUCAGGUAGUGGCGUUAAGUCAGCCCGUCCAAUCGUGGUCGUUCACGGUUGCCAUAGAGGACUUCGCGCUGGUUCCUCGAGAUGAGCUGUCUCGAGACGGGCGCCCACCUUCUAGAGUGCUAGGGGAAGACUCUCUCACAUACCGGCUGCGCUGCUCCAAGAUCCCAUCGUCUGGACAAGUUGAAGAGAGCGCAUGGGUUAUCACCGACAACGCUAUGCCUUCCUAUUUCUACCCUCAAAUAAACGGCAAGCCACUACAGAUGCGUCGAAAGCUGCAACACGGCAAAGACCUACCGAUAGACGUCACCCCAUACAUCAGAGCGGGAGACAACCUCCUUGAGAUCUUUAUCAACCGCACUGCUGACGAGCCCUCACCGACCGCUUACGCCUUCGCGAUCGAGGUAAUCGGACUAAAGUCCCACGCCGCCAUCAAGGCUGAAUGCUGUGCCUUCUACCUCGUACCCAGCACGCAGAUCCUCGCCUCCAUCAAGUCCAGCCUUUCCAACACCUCCCCUGCCGACGACGACGACGAUCUCCUAGUCGUCAGCAACACCCUAACAAUCGACCUCUUCGACCCCUUCUCCGCCUGCAGAAUCUUCGACAUCCCUGUCCGGGGCCAAAGCUGCCUGCACCGCGACUGCUUCGACCUCGCAACAUUCCUCGAGAUGCGCAAGAGGAGUCAACCAGGCUGGCCGUCCGCGGUUGACGAGUGGCGGUGUCCGCUCUGCAAGGCGGACGUGCGGCCCCAGAAGCUGGUCGUCGAUGGCUUUCUGGUGGACGUGAGGGCGAGGCUUGCCGAGCAAGGCUUGCUGGCCACACGGUCCAUCAUUGUCGAAGCGGAUGGUAGCUGGAGACCGAAGCCGGAAAAGGCGCCGAGGGGAAGCGUGGGACCUGAGUCGAGGGAUGUCACGCCGGUCAUGGAGGGCGCGCCUGCAGGCCCGCUGAUGCCGGCCAAGGAGAUUGGAGUUAUCAGUCUCGACGACUGA